CUUCGAUUCACAACCAACCUUCAAGGAGGAUACCCCGCAUUUCAUUAUCAAAUUUACUCUCCGUAUCACUCAAGAAAUUAAGUCUCUACAUCUUUACAUUCCUAUUCAAAGAUUCACGCGCUAUUGUUCAUCGUCCGCAGCUCACGGCGUCACAUUUGGACCAAGAACCACCCUUCCCAUUCCAGGGCAUUGUUGUGGUAUUCCAGCAUUCAGCUCUCCAUGGCGACCACUCGGGGCGCUGCAAAGCGUGCGGAAGCACUUGCUGCAGAAAAAGCUGCGUUGACUCUGUCUUCCCCGCCCAGUACUCCGGCUGGUGUCAAAAAUGGUCCAACUUUCACACCUUUCGAUGAUGCAGACUCAGCUGUCAUGAACAAGAAUGCAAUGAUCUCUCAGAUUCAAACACCAACUCCCUCUGAACCAGUCACCACCAAGAGAAAACGAACGACAAAGAGUGAAAAGAUUGUGGAGUCUGUGAAGGGAGAUUGGGACGUCCUCCCUCACGGCCUGGGUAGAAAGGGCGAUCUUGAGGAUGACAUUGGCGACACUGCAUCUCAAUCUGAAGUUUCUCUGACCAAGCGACCUCGCCGUGGCAAAGCUGUCAAGAGUAAAGACCUCAAAUCAACCCCGGCUGAUAUCAAGACGGAGGCAUUUGGUGAUGCAGAUUUCUUGAAAGAUAUCGAAGGAAAGUUGGGUCGAAAAGAACAAGAGGCCAAUGUUGGGACUGACGAUGACGAAUUCAAGGAGGAGAAUGUUGAGGACGAAAAGCCGACAAAGAAGCGAUCGCCUCGCAAGAAGGAGACGAACUCUGCCACCGAUGCAUUGGGUCCUGUCGAGAAGAAGCAGAGAAAGAAGAAGCAUCCAUACGGUCUGACUCCUGGCUUCUCCCCCUUUCCCGAUCAUGCAAAGCCCACCAAGGAAGAUUGUUAUGAAGUCAAUCGACUACUAGCCGAGUUGCACGGAGAAGUGAAGGCUCCCGAGGUCAUACCUCCACCUUCCAUGGAAGUCACUGGCUGUGGCGAAGUCCCUGAUCUGCUUGAUGCUCUUCUAAGAACCUUGCUCAGUGCGGCUACGACCAGCAAGAAUUCCAACAUGGCGCUUCAGGGAUUGAAGAACACUUUCGGUCUCCGCACUGCAGGUGUUGGUAAAGGUAGCAUUAACUGGGAGGGUGUACACGAAGCUACCCUAGACAAGGUUAUCGAGUCGAUCAAGAGUGGUGGACUGGCAAAAGCUAAGGGCACUAACAUCAAGAAAAUUCUUGACGUAGUCUACGAACGUAACCUCGCCCGUGUCAAUGCUCUCACCAAAGAGAAGGAGACUGGGGAGACAGCUCAAGUUCUAGGUGCAGAGCAUGAAACUCAAAAGCAGAAGGACACGGAGCUUGCUCGAUUCAAGGACAACAUGCUGACACUUGACUACCUGUUCGAGCUCACUACCGACGAAGUCAUGGAGGAGUUGACAAAGCUGCCCGGAAUUGGUGUCAAGACGACCUCUUGUGUUAUCCUCUUCUGCAUGAAGCGACCUAGCUUUGCUGUUGACACUCACGUUUGGCGUCAUUGCAAGUGGCUUGGAUGGGUUCCCGAGACGGCAACUAGAGACAAGACUUUCAGUCACUGCGAGGUCAUGAUCCCCGACGAGUUGAAGUAUCCGCUUCACCAGCUCUUCAUCAAGCAUGGUAAGACAUGUCCACGUUGCAAAGCUGGAACCGGCCCUGGUUCGGAGGGUUGGGAGACUGCUAAGUGUCCGAUUGAGCAUCUGGUCAAGCGUACUGGAAAGAUGAAAGACAAGACUGCCAGUCCAAUGAAGAAGUCCAAGGGCAAGAAGGUUGAGAGCUUGACGCAUGACGAGGAAGCCGAGGAGAGUGAUUUGACAGAGCUUGAUGAUCUAGAAGAUGACGAGUAAGAUGACUGAAUUUGAGGUGAUGAGUGACGAUAGGUGAUUUCAGACUUUUUUUAUGGCUGAUCUUCUGCAUGGUUUUACAUAGAUUGGCGUGGCAUUUGCUUGGGCAUGGUGUUUAGCUGGACGGGAGCACUGUAUGAUAAGAUGGUGGACAACUUGCACGGUAUUGCUAACAAAAGCGUCAGCUUGACUUUUUGCUUUGCCAUAACAUGUAUCAUAGCUGAAUAGCGUUGAG